CAAUGACCGUAUUUAAAAUACCAAUACCAAUCUUCUUUUUGGCUAAUAAAAUACUUCACUAAUACUUAUACAAGAGUUAGUUGUCAAGCGGACCCCAGGCUCCCAUGAGCCGUGGCAAAAUGCCAGGAUGACGCGAGGAAUAAGACCAAUUUUCUAUUGUUGUUGUCUUAGUUCUUCUUCCAUUAAUGAAUAAUUGCCUUGCCUGCUAAUUGUCACACCAGAACGAAGAUAUUGGGUUUAAUUUUGAUUCAAUAUUGGUUUCGAAUCAUUGUUCUUUUGUGCAAUAAAGUUUAAAUAAAGAACGACGCUCUAAUGGAAAGCAAGAUGGCAGAGUUGCGCGUGAAAGAGGAACCCGUGUCAGAGGACGAGGCGCCAUACGAGUUACAGAUGGGCGGACACAUUAAGGUAGAAGUAGAGCUUGAGCCGCUGCAUGUGAAGAUUGAGCCAUGCUCCGAAAGAACGGGCAGCGAGCGAGCCGGGCUGAACGACCAUCGGAUAAAAGAACCAGUUUGUGUGAAGAUCGAGCCAUCUGACAGAGCGAGCGACGAGCGAGUGUCUCCGCUGUAUGCCAACCAUGAAAUUAAAGAUGAGCGAGUGUCUCCGCUGUAUGCCAACCAUGAAAUUAAAGACGAGCUCGUGCUAGGACCGGAAGAGGUGCAGCCAAAAACAAAUGAACAUGCUGAAUCGAAUUCAAUAACUGUGAAGAAGGAGAAUAAAGAAAAGGAAAAACACAAGGAACUCAAGCAAGAAGAACCUAGUUCGUCUGUUAUCCAAAGGCCACACUCGUGCAAGAUAUGCAAAAAGCAAUUCAAGAAAAAAUAUUAUUUAAACAAACAUAUAAUAGUACAUACAAAUGAAAAGAACUUUUCAUGCGAUGUUUGCCACAAACGGUUUUCCCGGGCGAACACUUUAAGCACUCAUAAAAAAAUCCACAGAGAGGACAAACCUUAUUCGUGCGACGAAUGCAAAAAAAAGUUUAAGCUAAAGCAUUAUCUAAACAAACAUAAAAUCAUUCAUACUGGUGGAAAGAACUUUAAAUGCGACGUAUGUAACAAAGUUUUUUCGCGUUCGCUUAAUUUAAGUACUCAUAUUCGAAGCCACACAGGUGAAAAGACAUUCACAUGCGAUACAUGCAAUAAGCAGUUCAUGAAAAAAGAUAAAUUGGAAAAUCAUAUAAGAAACGCUUGCAAAAACGCGAGUGAAAAACGCUUCUCAUGCGAAAUAUGUGAUAAGCACUUUACACGUUCGACGACUUUAACUAUUCAUAAGAGGAUCCACAAUGGCGAAAAACCCUACACAUGCGACGUAUGUAAGAAGCAAUUUGUGCAUUUCAGUGCUUACUUAUGUCAUAAACGUUUACACACUGGUGAGAAGCCUUUCCCAUGCGAAGUAUGCAAAAAACCGUUCAGAUAUUUGGGUGAUUUGGUUAAACAUCGUCGAAUACAUUCGAAUGAAAAGCCUUUUGCGUGCGAAGUAUGCAAGAAAGAGUUUAAACGUUCGUCUACUUUGACCAAUCAUAAGCGUAUUCAUACGGGGGAGAAACCGUACGAGUGUGAAAUAUGUCAAAAGCGGUUUGUACAGUUGGGGCAGCUAAGCGCUCACAAACGCGUUCAUAGCGACGUGAAACCACAUUCAUGCCAAGUAUGUAACAGACAGUUUGGACAGUUGAUCCAAUUGAAAAGACAUAGACUAACAUAUAACCACGUGGAGAAUGAAUAACUGUGUUAAUUUAUUUAUUUUCAACGCAAUAAUCGGCAGACUGUUUUGUACAGAAAAUGACAGCCAUGACGUCUCCAGUUACUAAAUGCUCUAAGAGCUUCGAGCGAUUUUUGCGGGGGACGUCAAAUGUAUUGCUAUUUCUACAUGAAUUGUACGUAACGUACAAAUAGCCAUGUCAGUCCAUACAAAAGUUUGCACAAUUCUGCAAGUUUUUCGGCAGAGGGGUAAGCUCUUAAUGGCGACUCCAGUAAUUAAAUGCUCCAAGUCUAAGAGGUAAAGAGAAAGAGGGAGGUAAAUAAAACAAGUAUGAUUUGUAAAUGGUCACCAUUAGUAUUAAUAUUAUUGCCAUGCCCUAGCGGGGUCUCUUGUACCGACUUUAUGAUGUUUUAAUACCAUCCUAUGUAAAAAUGAACAUGGACGCAAUAAAGAUAUAUGAAUAUAUAUGAAACCAGUGUAUUAUUUUGACAUUGUAUUUAUAUUAAUAUUUGACAUAUAUAAACAAACGUGACUGACGUCAAAGUAACAUUCCAACAAUACGAUUCAUGGAGAAUCUAGAAGUAACGUUCGUUACUGCUAUUAUAGAUGAAAAUCUUAUUACAAAUUAUAUUUUUCAGUGGUUGUUUAGUGGAUUUCAAUAUUUUGUGAGUUUCUUUAAGUAGACAACAACAUUUUAAGUGAUAAUUAUUGUGUAAUUCCAGAGAAAAGCGUGAUAAUGUCUUCGGGAAGUGUUUGCUUACAUGAUAAAUAGGACAAGUAAGGAUGAAUACAUUUUACAGUGGUUCUAAACUCUUAGAGGAAUUAGUAACUGGAGACGUCAGGACUGUCAUUUCUUUUACGAAUCAGUCUGCCAAUUUUUGCGGGAGGGGACGUCAAAUGUUACUAUUUCUACAUGAUUUGUACGUAACGUACAAAUAGCCAUGUAGGACCAUACAAAAGUUUGCACAAUUGUGCAAGUUUUUCGGCAGAGGGAUAAGCUGUUAAAGGCGACUCCAGUUAUUAAAUGCUCUAAGACUAAACUAAACUAUUAACUAGCUUAAAUCUAAAAUUUAAUUAAUAUUCAUAAAUAAUAUAACUAAAAAAAGGGUCACUUCACCUCCUGAGACUAAAUGACAAUCGUGCAAUAUAAUUUUCACCACACCAGCUCGGAAAGGCUUACUUUGCACUUCAAAAACUGAUAGCAAAGUUGCAUUUUAUUCACAUGUGAGGCAAAGUAAUUAAAUGCAAAUUUUGAGUUGUUUUCUUAAGUUUGCUGGCAGUUCUGCCAAUUGACUUUUAAAUAAUGAUUUUGGAUGAUAUAUAUUUAAUAACAUUCGUUUGGAUUUGAUUUGGUUUGAUUUUGUUUAAUAUUUUACAUUUAAUAUUUGCUUCGGGUUGGUGUGGUGAAAAAUUUUGUGUUUCAUUCGGGGGCAAAUUUUGUUUAACACUCGUGCUUUGAAACCCUCGCAACGCUAAAGAUUCCAUUUUUCGAACCACUCGCUACGCUCGUGGUUCAAUUAUGGAAUCUUUCGCUUGCUCGGGUAUCAAUUUUAGCACGAGCGGUUAAACAACAACUUUGCCCCCUUGUAAAACAAAUAACUAUUGAACCUUCCAUGAACUAAAUAAAGUAGUUUUUUUUUGUUUCAUUGCUUUUUAAAGCAAACGAAAUUCGUUCCAAUUUACUUAUAAAAUAGGGUUCAAAUUAAACAUUUGAAAACAUUAUAUUAUGGGUACCUACCAUAGAGAAAUAUAGUAAGGCAAGAGUGCUCGCUCCAUAUAUCAGUUUUGUUACCAAAACGACUAUUAUUUUCGUAGUCUACAUCUAGCGUCAAGUAGCGGAAUUACCAGUACUGCUACUCGACACUAGAUGGCACGUGUGUUGCGACUGACGAAGUGUUUUGCUCGACAAUUUACAAUACAACUAACAUUACAAGCAGAAGGAGUUGAAAAUUGAGUUCCGGUUAUUAGAAAUUUUUUUAGGUUAUAAUUUGUUUUACUUAAUAAUGAACCUCCAGGCUCCAAUUUCACCACGGCUACAAUUGUCAGUGACAUAUGUCGAGCUACAAUUGUCAAGCGACAGGUGACAUAUUACAAUUUUAUAAAAUAUUUUCUAUAGCAAUACUUACAAACAUGACAGGCAGUUUGUUACAAUUGUAUGUAUUACAAUUAUGUUGUGAAACAAGAAUUAUUUUUUCUAGUCGACAUAUUUGUAGAAUUGUCGGUGAACCUUGACAGGAAAUGAGUUAUAUGUCGGAAUUUCGUUACAAUUGUAGUGUUUCUUGUGACAAUUGUCAUAAACUUAGCAAGAGAAAUAUCUGUUUUUUUUCCGAUAUAAUAAAGUUUUUUUUUAAUAAUACUAUGAUGGUGGCAAACAGGAAUACGGCCCGCCCGAUGGUAAGCGGUAACCGUAGUCCGUGGAUGCCUGUGACGUCAGCAACAGUGAUGUUUUACAAUUGUCGCACCUGUCACCCUGGUGAAAUUGGGGCCAGGUCUGUUUUCUUAAGUAAUUUAAGUACACUACAUUGUACUACAAAUCCAUUUGUGUUAUGUGACUAUUUUGUGUUCUAAAUUAAUUAAGAAAAAUUGUAGAACAUCAGUCUUUCCGUUCGUCGCGACAUCUAUUGUCGAGUAGCAGUACUGAUAAUUCUACUGCUUGACGCUAGAUGCCGACUACGAAAAUAAUAAUCGUUUUGGUAACAAAACUAAUCUCCACUGUAAGUCGUAUUAUGAGCGCUAAUUCAACAAAUAUCGUGUUCUUAUAACCCGGCAACCUUCAAAUCAAGAGUGAACAGGCACCUUCUGGGCGAGCUCGCUCCAUCGUAGGCCACGUCUACGCCUCGGCUAGUCUGUGGCCAUGAGUAAGCCCAUUCAUAAUAAAAAAAAUAAUAAUAAUUAGAUUACGUUUUAGUAUAUUUUUCUUUGUAAAUAGACUAAGUGCGGGAUUCUACAACACUAUUUGUGCAGGUAUAAUUCCUUUUUAUUAGCAUUAGAAAGAACUUGAAAGAAGAUAAGCGAUCUUGACAUGUCUUUUUAUUGAAAAACGCUUUUUAAAAAUCAGUAACUAUUACUUGUGAAAGCAGAAGAAUAUAAAUGAUCGCAUUAGAUUCAUAAUUGUUACAUAUUUGCCGUAACUUAUUUUUAAAAUGUGUUUUUCAAUUAAAAGACUCAUCAAGAUUGUUUACCUUAUUUCUAAUGCUAAUAAAAACGAAUUAUAUAUUAAUUGUUAAUUCAAUGAAUACCGACUUACAAUUAUUAUUUUAAUAUUUCACUUGGUGGAAGUCUGGCACGAACGGUUAGGGUUCUCCGCGGUAGAUAGUUUCGCGAUCUCUAAUUUUCAAUGAAUUCCAAUAUUAAUUAACAGGUU